AUUUCGGAAAAUGGAAAAACCGGUCAGUUACUCCGAUACUUUGGUGGUGAUUAUUUAACAGGAUUACCAACUCGUGAUAAUAUAGUUGCAGAAAAUGAUGAGGGCUUGUCUGCAAUUCUCAAUAAUGCUUUAGCUAAAUGA